AUGAAGUCUCAUCGGCUUUAUGAUGAUGAAAACGACCAUGAAUCUGGAUCUGAUUCUAAGCCCUAUGAAUCUGAUUCUACGCCUGAAGAUGAAGGUGACCAUGGACCUAAUUUGGAGCCCCAUGGAUCUGAUUUUGGGCCUGAAGAUGAUGGCGACCAUGAAUCUGAUUAUGAUGGCCACUAUAUUUCCAGAGAGUCCAUGGUUGAGGCGGAGAGUCCAUGGUUGAGGAAGCUGAUUUCAUCUUUGACUGCCUAUUUGAGGUUCGAUGGGGCUCUAAAUGUGGAUGUGACUGAGUUCCAGACCAAGUUGGUGCCAUAUCCGAGGAUCCAUUUCAUGCUCUCCUCCUAUGCUCUUAUGAUCUCCAUAGAGAAAGCAUACCAUGAGCAGCUCUCAGUGGCCAAGAUCACCCACAGUGCUUUUGAGCCUGCUUCCAUGAUGGCCAAGUGUGAUCCUCGUCAUGGAAAGUACAUGGCCUGCUGUUUGAUGAACCGAGGAGAUGUGGUGCCAAAGGAUGUGAAUACAGCUGUGGCCACCAUCAAGACCAAGCGUACCAUUUAG